CCAGCAGGUCUGUUACUCUCCCUCGACCUGCGCAACCAAAACACACCGGCAUGGAUCGUAACGCCAGAACUGUACAGUAUUUACCUGCAGGCGAACAAAAUUUAAUGUGUUUUAUAUUUCAACCGUCGACAUUUUAGAACUUAGUGCAUUACAUUAAUCGAUGCUUUCUGAAAUUUCGACCGGUGCUAAUCCGAACAGCAAACCUCGUUCUCCGGCAAAAUGCACCGCGCGAUCAUGGAGGAAUUUCUCGAACUGUACCGGAGCCUUCCGUGCCUGUGGAAAAUGCAAAGCAAAGAGUACGCCGACCGGAAGAUGAAAACCGAAGCCUAUCAGCUGAUGGUGAAGAAGUUGGCCGAGCUGGAACCGGAUGCCGAUCGGGUUGCGGUGAUUAGGAAGAUCAACAACAUCCGGAGCAACUAUCGGAAGGAGAAACGGAAGGUGUUGGCCAGCCGGGCGGAAGGCGGCCAGUACGUGCCUACGCUGUGGUACUAUCCACUGAUGGGCUUUCUGGACGGGCAGGACGAGUCGGGGAAUUCCGAUAGCGAUAGUAUUGAUAUCGAGCGCAUUAAAGUGCAGAUCGUGGAUUCACCAGAACCAUACGCAGACGAUGCUGACGAUGCCUGUAGUUCAUCAGCGACAACGGUGGAUCUAUCCAACUUUGAGCUAGCCCUUCCAAAUGGUGACUAUCCGUGCAAAGAGGAUGAUAGUUCUUCAACCUACGACGAAAUCAAUCCGAGAAAACGCAAGCAUGAAGACAGCGCCAACACAGACCAGAAUCAUUUCCGGAUCGUUAACUGUGAGGAUCGGCAUGAUGCUUUUGGACGGAGCAUUGCGUUCAAGUUGCGGGCCCUACCGGAUGAGCAACGAAUCUACGCGGAGAAGCUCAUCAACGAGACCCUGUACGAAGCGGAACUGGGGAAUCUCAGACGACAUUGUAAGGUUCAUGUGGGACAAGAAUAGGUUUGAAUGAAGUAUGCUCGAAUUCGGAUU